GGAGCAUGCUCCUCUAGCCUGCAUUGUUUUCACCAAAGUUGCCACUCAAAUUGCAAGCUUUUCCAAGGCUACGAUCCAAAUCAGCGUUUCCUCGACAACCUCAUCGUAUAGACCUACUAUCUACCAAGAAUCAUCAUACCUCGAUCUGGAAUGGCUGCAGCAAGAUAUUCACCCGACAUCGUACCUCGAAGGGAGUCUUCUCCAAGACCCAAGAGUGCGGAAAGACGCCGGCCCCGCCUGCUCAGAGCCUGUGCCACGGAACCUUCGAUCACUACCUCCAAUGCCUGCAAAGGGGUGUUGACGAGCCCAAAUAUGAACCGGCGAGCAACAGAGCUGCUCAGCCGGGUCGCCAUCUCUAACGCCAACUCGUCGCCAUCGUCGACACGGAGCUAUGGCUUAGACUCCGCGGAUGCCCGCGAGUCUCACAUAUCAAAUUCAAAUCAUGAUCCACAUUCAGCUUGCUACUUUAGCUUCCCCAGCUUCGACGCCUGGGAAGUAGGCGAGCAUCCAGACGAAGAGAAGGCGGCGGUUGAAGAGAGAGCCUGACUCGCAAUUGCGAAUUGGGGUCUGGGAAUUGUAGGAUUUGGAAUUGACAGGAGACCGAGUAUUGGGGAAGGAGACGGGGAUCG